AUGACUCAAGAGCACCCCGACAUCUACCCGGAAGCCACCGGCCUUGCGAAAGCAACAGUGCAAGUACAUCAAGCGGAAACACCUCUCAAACUCUAUGGGGGGUGGUUCUGCCCGUUUGUUCAACGCAUAUGGCUCAUAUUGGAAGAAAAGGGCAUUCCUUACCAAUUUAUAGAGGUGAAUCCAUAUAACAGGCCAGAAAGCCUCUUGAGACUCAACCCGCGCGGCCUUACUCCUGCUCUGGAGUACAACAAGAAGCCUCUGUACGAGAGCACAGUUAUCGCGGAAUUCCUUGACGAGGCAUACCUGGAGCAUAUGCCACGCCUGUAUCCUGAAGAUCUCUACGAAAAGGCGCGCUCGAAGAUUUGGAUCGACUACGUUACGAGCAGGAUCGUUCCCGCCUGGUUCCGGUUCUUGCAGUAUCAGCCAACCCAGGGCGAGGAUGGCUUAGAGGGCCUCAAGAAAGUACAGCAGGAGUUUCUUGGUUAUCUCCGCGAGUGGACCAAGGAGAUGGACCAGGAGGGACCGUAUUUCCUAGGAGCAGAGCCGACGAUGGCUGAUCUUACCCUGGGGCCUUUUGUGGUCCGGUGUUGGCUCCUUGACCAUUUCAAGGGCGGCUCGGGUAUUCCGAAGGAAGGCGAAGCUGGUGAUGACGAGCUCUGGAGAAGAUGGCGGAAGUAUGCAGAGGCGCUCGCGACUCGUAAGAGCGUCAAGGAAACGACCAGUGAGCCUGACAAGUAUUUGUCGUUUUACAAAUGGUACGCCGGCGGUGCAGCUCACUCUGAGUUGGCAAAGGCGACUCGGGCCGGUCGUGGCUUGCCUUGA